AUGGUAAACAUAAACUGGCCGGGGCUACUCAAGUGGUCUACGAAAUAUGCAGACGGUACGAUAGAUACAAACAAACGGUUAAGUAAGGAGGACAUUGAAUUUUUGCAAGGUGCAAUAAAGGACGCAUUAAGUCAAAUAGAAGACCCAUACGAAGCAAUAAAUGAAGCAGUUCGAAAUUUUGAAAAUAAAGAUGAAGGUAUAAUAUUAGCAUCAGCUAAAAUUGUAGAAAGAUUAGUGGAUGAAUAUCCUGAAGUAGCUAGAAAUUUAGACAAAAUUAAAGCAGUAGAUCCAUUAUUAAAAUUAUUAGAUAAUAAUAAUAAUCAUAUUUUAGAAUCAGUAUUACAAAUAUUUUCUUUAGCUUUAUCAAAUAAUCCAGAAUUACAAGAUUCGGUAUUUAAAAAAAAUGCUUUAAAAAAAUUAUUAAUAAAAUUGCAGGAGUCGCAAAAAACAGUUAUUGAUAAAAAAUUAAUUACAGCUAUUUCAGCUUUAAUAAGACAUCAUGAUGAAGCAGAAAAUAAAUUUAUUGACUAUGGAGGUAUUGGUUUCUUAGUGUAUGGUAUGCAAACUAAUAUAUACAAAUAUCAAGAAAAAUCAGCACUUCUUUUAAAACAUUUAAUUCAUCAAAAUAAAAUUACUUUUGAGUUAUUUCUUAAAAAUGAAAUUAUGAAAGGACUUAUAUGUUUAGCUAAUAAUAAAAAUAUUGAUGAAACAGGUAUACAAUAUGGGGAAACUACAGCAGAACUAUUUUUAGCUUUAAUGCAAAACCACAGACACAAAUUAGCAAAAGCAGGUUACUUACAUAAUUUAAAAAAAUUAAUUGAAGAUAGACUAGUAUAUCUGCGCGUUGUUCAAAACAGUGCCUCCUACGAUGUGUCUCAUGAGAUUGAGUUAUUUAAUGACUGCCUUAAGUUAACGAAGUAA